GCAGAGUGUGUGUUUCCUUUCUCUUCUUUUCUCAUUGUUUCUUCUUUGUUUAUUUUUUAUUUUAUAUAUAUUUUUUUCCAGCGAAGGAAAAGCGUAUUCCUCGUGAGCCUCUCCUUCCUUAUUUCUAAUUCCCUUCUCGUCUUCAUUUUUUCUCUUUCUUUUUAAUAAUAUUAAUCCUCUACAACGCACCUCACGACGUUCCCUCCCCUCCCUAUAUCUGCACCUUCACCGUUGUUGUAGAUUCAGAGAAAUGACGUCAGAUGGGGCGACGUCGACGCCGGCACCGGUGCCGAGGAGGAAACCGUCUUGGAGGGAGAGAGAGAACAACAGGAGGAGGGAGAGGAGGAGAAGAGCUAUCGCUGCUAAGAUAUAUACUGGGCUGAGAGCUCAAGGAAAUUAUAAUCUGCCCAAGCACUGUGAUAACAACGAGGUCCUCAAAGCUCUUUGUGUCGAGGCUGGUUGGGUUGUUGAAGAUGAUGGCACCACUUAUCGAAAGGGAUGUAAGCCACCUCCGAUUGAUAUAGCAGGCAGUUCAGCUAAAAUUACCCCAUAUUCUUCCCAAAAUCCUAGUCCCUUAUCUUCUGCAUUUCCAAGUCCAAUUCCUUCAUGUCAAGUUAGUCCUUCCUCCUCUUCCUUCCCCAGUCCCACUAGGACUGAUGCAAAUAAUCCGUCUAGUCUCCUUCCGUUCCUCAGAAGCGCCAUUCCUUCGUCUCUGCCUCCUCUCAGAAUCUCUAAUAGUGCCCCUGUGACACCACCACUUUCUUCUCCAACAUCCAGAAAUCCUAAGCCCAUUCCCAACUGGGAGGCCAUUGCCAAAGAGUCCAUGGCCUCUUUUAACUACCCUUUUUAUGCUGUCUCUGCACCAGCUAGUCCAACCCAUCGUCAUUUCCAUGCCCCUGCUACUAUACCCGAAUGUGAUGAAUCAGACACGUCCACAGUUGAAUCUGGUCAAUGGAUAAGCUUUCAAAAGUUUGCACCUUCUACAUCUCAAGUGCCGACUUCGCCAACAUUCAAUCUUGUGAAACCUUUGGCUCCACAAAGUUUGCCCACCGGUUUUAUUGGAGAGCAAGGGCGAGUUUCGGAGUUUCAGUUCGAGAGCGGACAGGUAAAGCCGUGGGAAGGUGAAAGGAUUCACGAGGUAGGAUUGGAUGAUCUGGAACUCACACUCGGAAGCGGGAAAGCUCGGUGUUGAAAAGAGGCUAACAGUCAGAGUGAUUGUUGUGAAAGCGUGUUACAACAGAAGAAAGAGCCGGUUUUCCCUUCCUGAUUCUAGGUUCUCACAGUCAGACACUAAAGAGCGUUAAUUGUCAUUUCAUCCACUCAGUGAAAGCUGGAAAUCAUAGAACAAAGGUGGCAGAAGAGUUACAGUUUCAUCCGCAUUGUUUCGUUUCUAUUUCAGUCGGUUGAUACUUGCAUUCCCUGGUUGAAUCCUUAGGGAAUUGGGGUUGUUUUUAUAAGCAUUACUUGUAGAUACUGUGGGAUAUUUCUGGUUGUGAUAGAGUUGCUUAAAUCUUUUCCUCUUCGGCUUUGUAGUCUUGGGUAAAACCGCAGAGAAUGAUAUUGUUGUAGUGGUUUGUACUGUUAAAUGUUUGUAUUGAAUUAUUUGAUCAUGUUGGUAAGCAAAUUUUCUAUAUUCA